CCAGGGGCCCCGGCCAUGCCCCGAUGCCCCCGGGACAUGGACGAGGGGCCCGUGGACCUGCGGACGCGGCCCAAAGCCGGGGCCCCCGACUCUGAGGCCACACUGCCCCUGAGAAAGCGGCGCUAUCGGGAGCCCCAGGAGUCCCCCGGGCCCGGCAUCGUCCCAGCCCCGGAGCCCUCGCCCCAGAGCCCCAGCACGUACCCUGGCCUCCCGGGCCCUGCCACAGCCAUCUACUAUCCUGGCCCCUUCCUAUAUCCUGCACCAGCCCCAUUUUCAGUACUGAGCCUGCCACCACCCACCUACCCAGUGCUCUGCCCCCUGGAGAACCCACUCACUGCUGACAUUGCCAAGGCCACAAGACCCGAUGAGGAUGGAGACACGCCCCUCCACAUCGCAGUAGCCCAGGGCAACCUUCUCGCUGUCCAUCGCCUGGUCCACCUCUUCCAACAGGGAGGGCGAGACCUGGACGUCUACAAUAAUUUAAGGCAGACGCCCCUCCACCUGGCGGUCAUCACUACCCUGCCCUCAGUGGUGAGGCUCCUGGUGUCCAAGGGGGCCAAUCCCAUGGCCCUGGACCGAAAUGGCCAGACAGCAGCUCACCUGGCUUGUGAACACCGGAGCUCCAGCUGCCUGCGGGCCCUGCUGGAAACCUCAGCCCCAGGGGUGCUGAGCCUGGAAGCCAGGAACUAUGAGGGGCUGACCCCCCUGCAUGUCGCUGUAAACACAGAAGACAGAGAAACUGUGCUGCUGCUGUUGGACCGAGGAGCCGACAUCGAUGCUGUGGACAUCAAGAGUGGCCGCUCCCCACUCAUCCACGCAGUGGAAAACAACAGCCUGGCCAUGGUGCAGCUACUGCUGCAGCAUGGAGCCAAUGUGAACGCACAGAUGUACUCGGGCAGCUCUGCCCUCCACUCAGCCUCAGGCCGAGGCCUCCUGCCCCUGGUCCGGACUCUGGUUCGGAGUGGGGCUGACAGCAGCCUCAAGAACUGUCACAAUGACACCCCCCUCAUGGUGGCUCGAAAUCGACGCGUCAUCGACAUCCUGAGAGGGAAAGCUUCCCGCCCCAGCCCCCAGCCCACGCUGGGGCCAACAGAGCCCAGCCAAGAGGGAAGCACCCCCAUCUCUCCUGAAGGUAGCAGCCAGUUUGGAUCUAGUGGGCCACCAUCAGCAUCUCCGGCUUCCUCCUCGCCACCCCGCUCUCCCCCUGAGGAUCCCCCCACUUCACUCCAGGGCCCCCAGAUAUUCUUCCUGCCAACCCAGUCCCCGACAGCGUUUCUUCCCUACACAGGGCCUCUCCGAGCCCCAGGCCGGCCUGUCCCCCCAUCCCCUGCUCCUGGUGGGAGCUGAGGGAAAAGGGAGGAAGGCCUCUGGUAUAAAGGGAAGGGCCCCCUGAAAACUGUGAAGGCACAUGUCCCCCUUCCUACUGAGACUCACAGGACCAAGGUUUGCACACACCCCCACCUCAAACUUCCUCCCACUCUCCCUCCCUGGCUCUGACCCUCUGCAAGGGGAACUGGGCACCUGGCUGGCACAACCCCCUGCCUGCGCCCUCCUCAUUCCCCCCCACACUCUCUGUCUUCGGCACCACCCCAGGGCUCAAGCUCUGGCUACCUCCCUGGGGCUGAGGACAAUGUAAAUUAUUGGGGAUUUCAGUUUACUUUUGUAAUAAACUAUUUUUGUAUCAUA